UGUGGAUAGGAAUAAGUUCAUCUGAGAUCCCUUAAAUCGAUUCCUCACCACGGACGUCCGUCCUGGAAUCCAUGGCGCUGCGGCGUUUCGCCGUCGCCGGCCGCGUCCUCCUCCACCGUGUGGAAUCCCUUCCACCUCCGCGCCCGCCGCUCGCGUUCCUCUCCUCCGAAUCCCGCGGCCACCUCGUCCGCCGCUUCUCCACCCCCUCUUCCACCCCACCGCACUUCAUGGUCCAGUACCUCGUCUCCAAGUGCGGCCUCUCGCCGGCGGCCGCCGCCAAGGCCGCCCCGCGGUUCGCCCACCUCGACUCGGCGUCCAGGCCCGACGCCGCGCUCGCCUUCCUCCGGUCUCAGGGCCUCACCCGCGCGCAGGUCCGCGAGGUCGUGUCGUGGAAGCCGGAGCUGCUGCUCAGCGACGUCGACGCCACCCUCGACCCCAAGUUCCGCGCCGUCCGCGCGCUCGGCCUCGGCCGCGCCGACGUCGCGCGCCUCUUCGCCCUCUACCCGCCGGCGCUCACCUACGGCAUCCACACCAACCUCCUCCCGCGCGUCCUCUUCUGGAUCGACUUCCUGGGGUCCGCCAAGUUACUGAUGAAAUGGCUCGCCAAGACGUGGCUGCUCCGGUACAGCGUCGACGCCCUCCUCCGCAACCUCUCCACGCUCCGAUCCCUCGGCGUCCAGCAGAGCCGCAUCACCACCACGGUGCGGAUGCAGCCGACGCUGAUCACGCAGACGCCGGCCAGGUUCCAGAAGCUGGUCGGCCGCGUCGAGGCGUGCGGCGUCCCGCCAAGCUCCGGGAUGUACAUGUGGGCCUUCUUCGCGCUGCACAACGUCAGCGAGGGCAGCUUCCGUGCCAAGAAGGCGGCCGUGGUGGGAGCCGCGGGCUGCACGGAGGAGGAGUUCGACGCCAUGUUCCGCCGCGCGCCGUGCCUCGUGUUCGUGCCCGCGGCGCUGCUGCGGCGGAAGGUGGAGUUCCUGAUGGCGGAGGCCGGGUGCGACGCGACGCACAUCGUCACCAACCCCGUGCUGCUGACGCUGAGCCUCGGCAAGCGGAUGGCGCCGCGGUGCCGCGUCGUGGAGGCGUUGCGGUCCAGGGGCGUGGGCAUCGGGAAGAAGGCGAACCUGGGGAGCGUGAUGAGAUAUCCGGAGGACAAGUUCGUGGAGCGGUACGUACUCAGGUACAAGGAAGAGGUACCUGAACUCCUCGAGCUGUAUCCUCCCCGACUUUGCAAGGGAAGCUCGCAGACACGGUGACAUUUCUGCGAGGUUGUGUUGUGUUACAUCCAUAGGUUGAGCUUGUUGUUAAGGGUACAUUAUUAUUGAAGAAGUGUAAAACAUUCGAUUCUGAAAUAUCUACCCAUUUCGUGUUUCACAUAUUGGGUCUGUAAAACAUUCGAUUCUAAAAUUUCUGCCCGUUUCUUCGGGUUAAUUCUAAAAUAAUUAACCCUUCUUCUUUUGGGGGA